CGUCUUCUGACCGCCCACUCUGGGGGGAGAAAGUGCUGCUUUGUGAAUGAAGGGAGCGGCGGAAAAGGGGCCAGAAAGCAAACUUUUGUUUAAAAACAACAACAACAACAACAACAACACCUCAUUUUCCCACGUCCGGCGUGGACGGAGAGAGAAGCUCCCACGGCGCACUGGACGACACGUGACCCGCAUGAACCCACGAAGCAGCUGUGAUCCGAUGAUGCUCGUCCUCCUCUGUCUCCUCCUGGUGGUGGCGGUCCAAGGAGAGCCCUGCCUGAUCAUCAGCGAGAUCAACGCAGACAACCCCGGACUGGACACCACCGAGUUUGUGGAGCUCUAUCACACGAGUGGAGAGCGAUCCUCAUUAGACGGCUACACCCUGGUUUUCUAUAACGGGAAGGGGAACGUGGCGUAUAAGGUGUUGGACCUGAAAGAUCAGAGUACAGACGAUCGAGGGUUUUUCCUGGUUGGCUCAGUGGACAUGCUGCCCAAACCUGCCAUCCUGCUGCCUCCAAACACGGUCCAGAAUGGCCCGGAUGCCAUUGUCCUCUACCACACCGCCGCCGCACGCUACAGCGAGAAGAUGACCGUCACGUCUAUCGGUUUGGUGGACGCUGUCGUUUACAUGACGAACAAAAUCCGCGGCGCGGAGGUCCUGGCCGAGAUCCUGACCCCAGGAGAGUCGGCUUUUGUGGAGGAUGAAUCCGUCCUGGAAGGGGAUGAGUCCAUCGAAAGGUGCCUGAUGUCUGAGGAUCGUUGGGGCUUCGGGGUGUCCUCGCCCUCCCCGGGACAGCGGAAUAACUGUACGCCGCCCGCCGCCUCGCCAAGCAUGCCCAUCAUCACCGAGCUGAAGCUGGGUGGAGGUCAGGUGGACGGCUUUGUGGAGCUCACAGAAGCCUCAGGGGUAGGUCCCGUGGUUCUGGUGGUGUUGGAUGGACGAACGGACAAGGUGAGCGUCAGUUUGAAUGUGGACCUCGCCAGGAACGGACUCUUCUCCAUGACUGUGGACAAAAAGUACAUGAAAGGCGAUGAGUCCGGAGCAGUGGCCAUAUACAGUGGCAGUAGCACAGAUUUCCCUGUGGGCAGUCCUCUAAGUCAAAUCCAGCCUUUGGACUCCUUUGUGUUUGUCGGCCCUAGAAAUAAGCCGAGUGCCAACCUCACAGAGACCCUCAUCCCAGGCAGGGAGCCUUAUCAGCUCAGCAGCAGUUUGAAAGAAGGAGGCUUCUACCUCAGUCGUUGUGGUUUGGCCACGUGGACUAGAGAUCCCGGUGUCUUCUGGGAGGCCCCGCAAACCCCAGGGCAACCCAACCAGUGCCCCUGGCCAAAAAUCUGCCCUCACAGCAUGGUUCCAGGAGGAGGCGCGGAUGCGUCCCCACACCUCCCACCUUGGGGCAACAGUGACUUUCUCAUCAAUGAGCUCAACUCGGACUUGCCCGGCAUCGCUGAAGACGGCGAGUACAUCGAGCUGUGGCACCCCUCAGGACGCCGCGUCUCCCUGCAGGGCAUCUGGAUACUCCUUUUCAGCGCCCACAACAACAAACCCUACAGGGAGAUUAGCCUCAGUGGACACUUCACCACCGCCAAGGGCUACUUCCUGUUGGGCAGCGACGGACUGGUACCGGCGCCCUCUCUCCGCUUGCCUUCCAAUACCAUCCAGAACGGACCGGACGCGGUGGCGCUCUAUCGCAGCCCCUAUGGUGCGCCGUCGGCACAACGAGGGAUCCCCACCAAAGGACUCCUUGAUGCCGUCGUAUACCGACAGAGCCGGUUAGACAAGGACGCACCGGAGUUGAGUAAGGCGCUGACACCAGGACAGCUCCCCCUGCUGGAGGAUCCACAAGUACUGCCUGGUGAUGAGUCGCUAAGCCGCUGCAGAGGCCUUUACCCCUAUGACCUGUCUGCGUUUUCUGUAACUCCUCCCACUCCUCUGAGGGAAAACAGCUGUCCCCGACCUCCUCUACCUCCAGAGGGUGUGGUCAUCAGCGAGGUGGCUAGUGGCCUUUGGACCAAUCACAGCCAGCAGAGGUCCUUCGUGGAGCUGCAGGGGCCCCCGAUGACGGAUCUGCUUGGCCUGGUGCUGGUUGUGUUUGACCAGGUGCACAGCGUCAUUGCUCUUCCUCUGAAAGGAUCUGUCGACCAGGAUGGAUUUUAUGUGUUGGGGAACGUCACAGGGGCAGAUCAGACGUUCCCAGAAGGCAGUGUGGUGCCGGCAAGAGGCGCGGUGGUUCUGUGCUACGACCUCUUCAGUGUGUGCAGAGCUGGCACCGCUCUGACCAACUCCAGCCUGCGAGACGAGCUGGUGUUCAGUGAGAACCAGCUGAUGCUCCCUCUCUCCACCAGAAGAGGGAGCCAUGUGAUACCGGCUCUCAGGUCGGUGGAAGACGGUCUGGUGUCCCUCAGCCGUUGUGUGUGCUGUGAGGCGCGGAGCCCCUCUUCCUGGACCACGUCUUCGCCGACGCCUCGCCACAGCAACAUCUGCCCAAGCUCCGCCUUCUCGAGUCAGAUCGAUAUUUGUCUCGGACCGCUGUUCAGCGACUGGCUGACGGCGGAGUCGGGAGACUGCAGCGGUCUCAUUCAAGGCAGUCGAGUUUCACAAGUGGCGGACUAUCUGGAGCAGAAGUGUCUCUGUGGAAUCUCUGCUUUAUCCCUCCAAGGAGCAAAUUUCUCCUGCGUGUCUGGCUGGUUGCGCGUCUGGGGGAAGAUCCGGGCCUUGUCGGACCAUCAGAGGACCCUCAUCCUCCAGAUGGCCCCCAUUAACGUCUCACACGUACAGGCGGAUGUUUGCACCACCCCUACCACGGAUCGCCGCACCAGCACAGGUUCGACACUGGGCUUACAGAUUGGCCUUAUAGUAGCAAUACUUCUGCUGCUAGCACUUGGAGCUGCUCUAUUCACAUAUUUCUACAGAAGGAGGCGUCCUUUGGAUUAUUCCACCAUGGAGCUGAGCGAGAAUGCAGAGGGACUAUCAGAUCUAUAAUCCAGGAAGUAGAAGUGAUUAGAAGGAAUUCAUGUUGUGUGUGUGUUGUGUGCGUGCGUGCGUGCGUGCGUGCGUGCGUGCGUGUGUGUGUGUGUGUGUGUGCAUGUGUGUGUGUGCAUGUGUGUGUGUGCGUGUGUGUGUGCGAGAUGCUGAAAAUAAUGACAUCGCAUUUUUUUCUAAAGGUCAGUGUGUGUUACUGCUGUGUGAACAGGACUUUGAAGUGUGGUCUUUUGGCACUAAGGUGCAGGGAAUUUUGAUACUUGAGAGGAAAAAAAAACUCCUUUUUCUUAAUGUGGGACAAAAACGAGCCGAUAGUGGGAAGUUUAAUGUCCUUACCUUCCUGGUCUUGGCGUAAAGAUGAACUGUAACCACUGACGUGAAGCAAGCUGUUUACAUUUUACUGAAGUAAAAAAGGGAUGUGAUGUGGAAUACAAUUUUCAUUUAUUAUUCGUGGGCUUUGUUUUAUGUUGCUUGAGCUUUCUGGCGAAAUCUGAGAUGAAGAACGGUUUGCUGUGCCUUUUAUGAAUAUAGCUGGGCUCUCACUUGCAAGGGACCUUGUCUACUGCAGCCAGUAGACAUCCAAGCCAGUCCUACUAAGGAGAAUUAGUGCCACUCUGACUAGAACAAUUAUUUGCAUUCAUAAUAAUGUGAGAGUGGAAGUCAUCAGAUCCUGAGAAGAUUUACAGAAUUAAAAGUAGCAGUCAAAAGUUUUGGAACACACACAAAUGCUUAUGAAUGAGAAAGUGUCUUAAAAUAUUUGAUUGGCUUUAUAUUGGGUUUAUUUAAAAAAGUUAUAUAAUCAGAAACACUAUCAAAAUUUACAUUUAUAAUUAAAAAUAUUUAUUCAUAAAUACGAUACAGUACAGUAGGAAGGGGAUUUACCGUAUUCCCUUGAAUUGCUGCCGCGGCGCUAAUUAAUUUAAAACCUCUUCUCACUCCUGCGCUUACCAAAGGCAUGCGGUAAAAGUAAGCAUGCGCUAAUUAUUUUAAAAUCUCUUCUCACUCCGGCACUUACCAAAGAUAUGCAGUAACAAUUUGAGUGUGAUGUAAGCUUGGACCUUAAAUCUUACUGAAUAGCUCUUAAUCUUCUUCCGUUUAUGCGAUUUCAAAUUACCGGUAUUGAAAUCUGCCUCCUUCAUUUUGAAAAUGAUGACAGGGGAAGUGUCACUCGCGACGUCACGAGUUUGACCAGGCGGUAAUACUAAGCGUGCGCUAAUUAUUUUGGGACGCGAGUUUGACCCGGCAGUAAUUCAAGGCAGGCGCAUACUAUAUGCCCUGCGGCAAUUCAAGGAAAUACGGUAUAUGGCCACAUUCGUCACAGUUUACCUGACACAUGAAACAUGACCAAUUUGGGGCGUGCACUAUCCACCUUACCCGCCAGAUGGCGCUAAAAUAUGAAAUAUCCUAAAAUGUAUUUUAAGAUCAUUUUGACCACAGUGUUAGUUGCUAUGUAGAGUGGCGUUUUCUAUCAUUUUUAGCAGACUAAAAAUCCACCAGGAAUGGGGCCAUAUGAAUCCCAUCCGUAUCUCAUUUCAUUAUUAUUAUUAUGAUGCAAUUUAUGUUAUUAAACAUCAUUACAUUUCUUCAUUAUGACGUAAAUCGCUUAAUAUUGUGACUAUGUUGUUCAAUUGUAAUUAUUUUCCUCAUGCAUUUCUGUUUCCUUGUAAUUUAACAAUGUUAUUUUUGUAAAAUUACAAUAUAGUGACGUGCAUUUACCCUCAUAAUAUUAUGAUGUUUGAGCUUGAAAUUACAAGACUCGCGUCAUGAAAAUUAUAAUUAUUUUGCCAAACUGUUAUACUCAUCAAUUAUUAUACAGCAUAUACACAUAUACAUAUAUUUUUUACUAUGAUUUUUUACAUUAUUACAUUUUUUAAAUGUACUAAUUGGUAUUGUUACCGGGCUUCACAGUGGCAGAGGGGUUAGUGUGUCUGCCUCACAAUACGAAAGACCUGAGGAGUCAGGGUUCAAUCCCGGGCUCUGGAUCUUUCUGUGUGGAGUUUGCAUGUUCUCCCCGUGAAUGCGUGGGUUCCCUCCGGGUACUCAGGCUUCCUCCCACUUCCAAAGACAUGCACCUGGGGAUAGGUUGAUUGGCAACACUAAAUCGGCCCUAGUGUGUGAAUGUGAGUGGGAAUGUUGUCUGUCUAUUUGUGUUGGCCCUGCGAUGAGAUGGCGACGUGUCCAGGGUGUACCCUGCCUUCCGCCCAAUUGUAGCUGAGAUAGGCACCAGCGCCCCCCCGCGACCCCAAAGGGGUGUAAGCAGUAGAAAAUGGAUGGAUGGAUGGUAUUUUUACCUCUUAAUAUCGUGACUUUGUUGUAAUGCAGUAAUAUUUUGCUAUACAACAUUGGCAUUGUUUUAAUUAUGAGUGUUUUCCUCAUGCAUUUUUCAUUUUAUGACUUUUCUUGCAAUAUAAUGUUUUUUGUGUAAAAUUACAAAAUUCAAAUUAUUACAUCAUUACUAAUUUGCUCUUGUACAAUUAUUAGGGUUUUAUUUCAGCAAUAUUUUUAUGUCAUUUUUGCUAAACUACAACUUUAACCUCAUAGAAAUUAAAAUAGGAUUUUCAUAAAUCAACUACAAUGUUAAAUAAAAAAAUAGUAAUAUUGUCAAAUUGUUAUUUUUCUGGUGAUAUGUAUUCUUGAAAUCUUAUGAUUGACCUAACAUAAGCUAUGCAAAAUUGUGAGUAUUUCUCGAAAUUUUUAUAACAGGACUUUUUUCUCAGGAUAUUUUGACUUUACUCUUGUAAUAUUGUUGUUUUUCUAAAAAACCAAACAAAUAAGAAUGGUCUAUUGCAACCUUUUUUUUAAAAUAUUUCUUUUCUUUUCAUUUCAGUGUGGCUCUAGUCCUUCUUUUUAGUGCCAACACAAAGUGCCAGGAACUGAUUUUAAAAUGAUUUUUGUUGUAUUUUACAAUGUCGGCUGUAUUUUUUUUUUCCCACAUUUUUAAAUAAUUGCUAUUAUUAUUGAUCAUGAUGAUAAACCUUAUUGACCUGACCUGGGCACAUGAUGUAAAAUGACCGUUUUACUGUAAAGUUUUGUACUGUAUCUUUUAUGUUUUAAUUUUGUAAAAUAAUGCCUUUAAAAUGUUUUGUGGAAUUAGGAAAUUGUUGUACAGUCUAAAUAAUUCAUCAACCUUUUUAGAGUUUGGACAAAAACUUCGUUGAGUCCAAUUUUUUCACAGAAAAAAAAAAGACAUCAGUACUAAAAUACUCUUGUGUAUAAAGUAUUCUUGCACUUACACGUACAACUGGAAAGGCGAGUUCUUGCUUCUUUCUUUCGUCCAUUCUAGUCAGAUUUGAAAUAAAAGGCUCCCUCAUACUUA